CCUUCCCUCUCUCUCUCUCUCCCCCUCUCCCUCCCUCCCAGCCGCCUUCGCAUGAAUUCCGCCGAGCAGCCCUCGCAGUGUGCGCCAUCAGUGGCCGACGCCAGUGAACAGGAAGAAGCUCUAGCAGAAAACCACACAGCAAGCCGAAUGAAGCGAGCAGCUGCAAAGCACCUAAUAGAACGCUACUACCACCAGUUAACUGAGGGCUGUGGAAAUGAGGCCUGCACGAAUGACUUUUGUGCUUCCUGCCCAAAUUUCCACCGUAUGGAUAACAAUGCCGCGGGCAUAAAGGCCCUUGAGCUUUUUAAGAUUAAUGCAAAACUCUGUGAUCCUCAUCCUUCCAAGAAAGGAACAAGCACUGCCUACAAAGAAAACAGCACGAAAAGUUCCCUCAACAGCAACUGUCGCACAAACACGAAGAUGAAUAAGAGGGAAACGCAAAGUCAAAGAGAUGAUUUUAAAGAUUUGACUUGCCUGACAGAGGAAAAGGUAUAUGAAAUCCUGGAAUUGUGUGGAGAACGAGGAGAUUAUUCACCGUUGAUUCGUGUUAUCGGUAAAGUUUUCUCUAGCGCAGAUGCUCUGGUGCAGAGCUUUCGAACGGCCAAGCAACACACCAAGGAAGAGUUGAAAUCCCUUCAAGGAAAGGAUGAGGAUAAAGAUGAGGAUGAAGAGGAAAAGGCUGCCUCUGCACGGUCAAUGGAUGACGAUUCAGUGGCCUCGUCAUCACACACUACCACUGGGGGCACACACACAAGAGACAACAAUGUGCAUAGAUUAGCUCCUGGUGAAGUGUCUGUUGAUAUUGACGCAGUCAGAAGGGUCUACAGUAAAUUACUUUCCAAUGAGAAGAUCGAGGCAGCCUUUCUUAACGCAUUGGUGUACUUAUCACCAAAUGUGGAGUGUGAUUUGACUUAUCAUAAUGUGUACCUAAGGGAUCCGAACUAUCUGAACUUAUUCAUUAUAGUCAUGGAGAACAGCAACCUCCACAGUCCGGAGUACCUGGAAAUGGCCCUUCCCCUAUUUUGCAAAGCAAUGAGCAAACUGCCCCUUCCAGCUCAAGCCAAGUUGAUCCGACUGUGGUCACAGUACAACACAGAGCAGAUCCGUCGAAUGGUGGAAACCUUUCAGCAACUCAUUACGUACAGAGUCAUAAGUAAUGAAUUCAGCAGUCGAAAUCUGGUGAAUGACGACGAUGCUAUAGUGGCUGCUACGAAAUGCUUAAAGAUCAUGCACUAUGCAAAUAUAAUAGCAGGAGAUGUGGACACGGGUCAUAAUGAGGAAGAGGAGGAUGAACCGAUCGCAGAGUCUAGCGAGCUCACUCUUCAGGAACUACUGGGCGAAGAGCGAAGGAAUAAAAAAGGACCUCGUGUCGACCCCCUUGAGACCGAGUUGGGUGUGAAAACGAUUGAUUGCCGAAAGCCACUUGUCCCUUUUGACGAAUUUAUUAAUGAACCACUAAACGAAGUCCUAGAAAUGGAUAAAGACUAUACUUUUUUCAAAGUCGAGACGGAAAAUAAAUUCUCCUUUAUGACGUGCCCCUUCAUUCUGAACGCUGUCACCAAGAACUUGGGACUUUACUACGACAACAGGAUACGUAUGUAUAGUGAGCGACGGAUCACUGUCCUCUACAGCCUCGUACAGGGACAGCAGUUGAAUCCGUAUCUAAGGCUUAAGGUCAGGCGUGACCACAUCAUUGAUGACGCACUUGUGCGGCUGGAGAUGAUUGCCAUGGAAAACCCUGCAGACUUGAAGAAACAGCUGUACGUAGAGUUUGAAGGAGAACAAGGUGUGGACGAAGGAGGUGUUUCCAAAGAAUUUUUUCAACUUGUUGUGGAAGAAAUCUUCAACCCUGAUAUCGGAAUGUUCACAUACGACGAAAGUACAAAAUUGUUCUGGUUCAACACCUGCUCCUUUGAGACCGAGGGACAGUUUACUCUGAUUGGCAUAGUUCUUGGCCUUGCCAUUUACAACAAUUGUAUACUGGAUGUGCAUUUUCCUAUGGUCGUUUACAGAAAACUCUUGGGGAAGAAGGGAACCUUCCGUGACCUGAAAGAUUCUCACCCGAUCCUGCACCAGAGCAUAAAAGAACUGACUGAGUAUGAGGGCUGUGUGGAGGACGAUAUGAUGAUUACUUUCCAGAUAUCACAAACCGACCUUUUUGGCACUCCAGUAAUGUCCAACCUAAAGGAGAAUGGAGAUCUAAUUCCAGUGACUAAUGACAACAGAAAGGAGUUUGUUAAACUCUAUACAGAUUAUAUUCUCAACAAAUCAGUAGAAAAGCAGUUUAAAGCCUUCAGAAGAGGCUUCCAUAUGGUAACCAAUGAGUCGCCACUGAAGUAUUUAUUCCGACCUGAGGAGAUUGAGCUGCUAGUCUGUGGAAGUCCGUACUUAGAUUUUCAAGCACUUGAAGAUACUACAGAGUAUGAUGGCGGUUAUACCAAGGACUCCAGGAUUGUUAGGGAAUUUUGGGAAAUUGUUCACGCAUUUACUAAAGAGCAGAAACGGCUUUUCCUGCAGUUUACCACCGGCACAGACAGAGCACCUGUCGGUGGCCUUGGGAAAAUUAAGAUGAUUAUAGCCAAGAACGGACCAGAUUCUGACAGGUUGCCAACAUCUCACACGUGCUUUAAUGUCCUCCUGCUUCCUGAGUACCUCAGCAAGGAAAAGCUCAGCGAGAGAUUACUAAAGGCCAUUACCUAUGCCAAAGGCUUUGGCAUGCUGUAAACAAUCCGAAUGUAAAACGUGUGAUAGAAAGUAAAUUGAUGGGUGUCGAUAUCCCUGUAUUUUUUAAUAAAAGGCCACAAGAUAGUCAGCUACUGUAGUCACCAAUGUCUGUGCCUCCCCUUCUGGGGACACUGGUCUGGACAGCAGAAUUCAGCUACUUGUACGAACAAAACAAAUUAUUAUUUUUUUUAGUGUGACUUUCAUAUCAUUUUGCUCAUCUGUACAGUCAACUUUUUUUUUCUGAAUAUUUAUUUUAAAGUUCCAGGAAAAAAAAAUUACACGAAUCAUAAUACAGUUUGUUACAUGAAUGAUUUGAGCCUGUUUUUUUUGAAUUUAUGAAAGUAAAUGAAAUUCUCCCCAAAAAUUAACGUGCUGGGAUUAUCAUCAUCAAUGUGUUCUUUUUAAAAUAUAUAUAUGUACUUUUUGGGGGGGGUUUCGUGCUAAAUACUCUAUUCAAGGUCCACUCUUUUUCCCUCCCCCUACCCUACAUCGCUUUGGAGCUUAAGUAUUGGGGUGGUUGAUGCAAGUCAUGCUAUUUUAGACCCAGAUCUGAUUUAACAUCUCUUUAGGUCUAAUAAAGACGGAAGGGAGAAACUGGAAUGUUAACAGCCGCGGUCUUGAGAUCUCUUGCUUUAGUUACAACACAGUCAUUCUUGGAAGGUUUUAAAAAAAAAUAAAAGCAAAAGUUCACUGUUGGUAGUUCUCACGAGUGUGGAAAUGCAUUUUCUGUUUAAACUUUCAAAUCUCGCCCCUCUCUGUCAGAAGGUGAGAGAUUGGUCUUUUAUUUUUUCCUGAGGGUGUCUUUUUGAGUCCAUUACUAAGGGUUGUUUCGAGAGGGUUGCAAUGGGCGGGGAUGGGUGUGCAGGAGGGGAAGAAGGAAAAAAAAACAGAGCAAAAUGUUGGCAACGUUUAUGAAAUGAGCACCGCAAUAAUAGUCUAUUAAAAAUAUGAAAGUGCACCUGCAAGAAAUGAAGCUAAACUUAGUAAGUUUCAUCUUUUAAAUGAAUAUCUUGACAAUCCAGAGUCUUCCAUGCUUUUACUUUUUUUUGUUCGUUUUACCUUCUGUACCUAACAAAUAAUUACAUAUUUUUCAGUAACUGAUACGGUUGUUUAAUCCUCUAGGCGUUAUUUUAGCUCAAAUGGAAACACUUGCCUUGCCUGAGAGAGUACAGUGAUAAUAUCAGUGUAACAACUAUUUAAACACAUUUUCACUCAUUGAUAAAAUGCACAAUCAAUGUUGAUUCAAAUGAUACCAUUUACUAGCCCUGUUCGAAGUGACGUCUCAAGGUUCUUGAACUGGAUUUCAGAAUAUUUUAUUCGAACACCUUGCCAUUAGAUGAAUCACAGACGAUCUGCUUCUCACUUUCGAUGUAUAAAGCGCAGUAAUGGUGAUAGGGGAAUGGGUACAAACAGUAAUUUGUGUUAACGCGAAUAGUUUUUUUAAUCCAGAAACCCAUUUGGCAUUUCAACUAUUGGGAUUUUUAUUUCUGCUUCACAGACAUUUAACGUGUUAAAACAAAUCAUAUGAUAAUCCUGCAUUAAAAUCUUAGUUUGUGAACGUUCUUUUUUGUGUCGAACUGAGGUGGAUCAAACUUUACUCUCCCCCCCCACCCACCCCCCCAUCUCAAACAUAGUCUUCAAAGGGAUUGAGUCAAAUGCAGGUGCUUGUCACAGAGUAAACCGAAGAGAGGUUUAGCACGUAGACUGGUUGGUUCCUGAUUGUUUCCAGCCAAGAUAUUUCAUAUUAAAUCCGCUUCUUAGUAUAGUAGUUCCAGGUACUGAUCAAAUAUUAAACAUUAACAUUUCAUACUUUCAUCCGCUUUGAACUUUUCAAGGAGGUUAGCCUCAUCCUGUCAUAUUUGAUAUGUUCCCGUCACACGCAUACACGAUCAAAAGCAUUGUUUGAACCAAACCUAUUCAUUGUGUAAUUCAGCAGAAAUAGAUUUGUGCUGAAAUUUGGCAGAAAAUAUUAAAACGUGCUCCUUGGGCAGAACAAAAUUUGAUAUCAGAUUCUUUUUUUGCAAAGUAGCAUUGGAGCGCUCUGCUAUGCCACUUUUUUAAAUAUAUAAACUAAGCUUUAAAAUGCAUGGGAAGUGUGUGACAUAAUAUGAGUAUGGAAGUAAUAUUCUCGUAAUACCUAAUACUACAGGAAAUAGUGUGGGUAGAAAUUAACAAUGAGAAGUCGAAAUUAGUGAUAACCUAAAUAAUAAAUUUGACUACUGAGAAUUUGGUCUUUUAAGAGUUCUUAAGAAUUUACUUUUUUUUCAAUAAUUCCAUCGAAGGAAAUAGUUUAGUUUAGAAUCAGGGUGAUAAUGCAUGCAAAUCGGGGGGGUCAGCAUGGGUGCUUUAAAUAUGGAGACUUGCUCCCCUUAAAACAAUAUAACAUUUGAUCUUAUAUCAGUAGUAAACGGGCAAUUUAGUAUUGCUUAAUUCCACUUAUUGAUUUUGAUUGCUUUAAUGUAUUUGUUCCUUUAUAACACGAGUUAGUACUUGUUAGACAUUUAAACACAAGGUACAAUGAAACUUUUGUACGUCAAAUUGGCCGGGCUAACGCUUUCACUUCAAGUGCGUGGUUUUGGUAAUUGUAAUUUUUUUAAAUUUAAAAAAAAAUGGGCUUUCACAAACCAAGCCACAAUUUGAGUAGCUGAUAAAUAGGUCUGUUCGCUAACCUUUUCUUAAGACUUAAUUUCACGUGGGUUUUUUUUUUUGCAUUUUACUUUCAAUUUCAUGCAUUUUCAAUGGUAUUCAGCUUUUUGUUUGCUUUACGGGACAGUUCAGUACAUCUCAUUAGCCCAAAGUUUGUUUGCAUAAAAUAUUGAUCUCCCCUGUACAUGGCUGUUAAUGCAGUGAUCUAUUAAAUGCUGUAAAUUUUCCUAACUUUGCCAUCACAUCCUAUGAUAUAUUUGUUUUUUUUUCUUUUCCUGAUGUUUUGAAUGUGGUUUCAUCCAGUUUAGGAACUCUUGUGUUGCCCCUUUGUAAUUUGUGUAAAUUUGGGCCAUCGAUUAAGAACAGGGAGAGGGGUAGGGGUGGGGGGUGGGGGGGGCAACUUAUCAGAAGCCAUCUACAAAUGUCAGAUUGUAGCUCAUUUUGCACUUUGUAGCUUAUUAAAAAUUGUACAAUUUGAAGUGGUAAAA